AUGAAAACCACCUCUACUCAACUUCUUUUUACCAGUCUUUCCAUGGCGGCAUCUCUUGCCACUGUGGAAUCCUUUCACGUUCCACAACAGCUUGUUGCAUCAUCCGCCUCCUCUCGUCCAUCGUCUGCAUUGCGAGCAGAAAUCUCCUCUUCGUCUCCUGAUGAUGGCGGCUUUGACCUGAGGAAGAUGAGCAAGGAGCUCAUGCAACAAAAGAACACUAAGCACCAGGAGGACCAACAGCAACAAACAAACAACAACAAUAAUGCAGGUGCCAAUGAUAUCGCUAGUCGAUACAUGAGCUUUGCUACUGGCUCACCCAAGCCUUUUGUUACUUCGUCGACCUGGAAAAAGGAAGACACAACCACCAAACAAGAAGAACAAUCGAUUGACGCUCCGUCCACAGGAUACUACGAAGACUAUUCUGUGCCCACGCCAAACACCGAUGAAUGGUUCACAACCUUGGCGGAGCUGGAAGAUCGAAUGGAACAAACCAGACGAAGCCUGGACGAGUACACAAUGAAGCACACCCAAGCUUGGGGCGCGGAAUCAUCGGUUCACUCACCAACAAGCAUGUACGAUUUCGAAGGUUGCUGGCAGUAA